AUGGGGAAUGCAGCUCCUGUAUCGAGAGAGGUGAAAAAUCAGGGCCAGGGACAAGAAUUAUAUGAUCUUGUGAAUAUGAAGGGUGGGGGUACAUUAAUUGAACUUAUGAAGAAGGCAAGAGAGACUAAUGACUACACAGAACUUGAUACUGAAAUUGAUAAAAUAGGAGAGAAAUAUCUGUAUGAGGAUAAAGACUGUAGUAUAACUGUUUCUGAACUAAUUAACUUUAGAAAUAAAAAUGACAAGAGUAAAUUGGAUUUAUUUACCAAUAGAAUAAAACAGAAAAAACAAGAUGUUCAGAAUUCAAUGAAGAAACAAAAAGCAACAGUAUUUGAACAGAAGAAUGAUAUUUGUUGGAAGAUAGAUAAGAGAGGAACUGUAGGAGAAACUAUUCUUCAUCUGUGUUUUCUUAAUAUAUCUCGAGCACAUUCUGACCUUGCUAAAAGACUGAUUAAAAAAUAUCCUAAAAUAAUUAAUGAUAUUUAUGCUGGAGAUGAAUAUUAUGGUGAAAAUGUCCUACAUAUGGCUAUUGUAAAUGAAGAUCCUGCCAUGGUCAAAUUCUUGUUAGAUCACGGGGCAGAUUGUCGAUCUAGAGCUUGUGGAAAUUUCUUCUUCCCAGAUGACCAGAAGAAGUCAAGGACAGAUAAUCCUUAUCAUGAAUGGGUUGAUGUAUCUAGGAAAACAAAUUACGAAGGCCAUGUUUAUCUGGGUGAAUAUCCAUUAAGUUUUGCUGCCUGUUUAGGACAAGAGGAGUGUGUGAGGUUAUUAAUAGCUAAAGAUAGAAGUAUAAACUCUGGAAGUCAAAAUUAUUUAGCUAAUCUACAAGAUGCUAAUGGUAAUACUGUCUUACAUAUGUUAGUUAUUCAAGAUAAAAAGAGUAUGUUUGAUAUUGUUUAUGAACUAGGUGGUAGUUUAAAUAUUAGAAAUCGUCAAGGUUUGACACCAUUAACACUAGCUGCUAAAUUAGCUAGAAAAGAUAUGUAUGAACAUAUUUUAGAGAAGGAGCGCAAGGAGUUUUGGAAGUAUGGUAAUGUAACAUGUGCAGGCUAUCCAUUAGAUCAUAUAGAUACCAUAUCAACUGGGGGAGAAAUCAACUUUAAUUCAGCACUCAAUCUUAUUGUUUAUGGGGAAGAACAGGGUCAUAUAGAUAUGAUGGAAGGUUUAGUUGAAAAUUUAUUACGAGAAAAAUGGAAAACUUUUAUUCGCUACAGGUUUUACCGACGAUUUAUAGUAUUUUCUCUCUAUUUUCUGGCAUUUACUGCUGCAUUUUUCUUGAGGCCAGGAAAAGAUUUAUGUUUGAUUGCUACCAAUACAACUAAUAUAAAUUAUUGUGAUAUACAUGCUGAAAAUAGAACCAUGGACCCUUGUUAUUUAUUGGUUCCCUAUCGUAAUGAAGAUAUCGUAAGAUUAACAUUAGAGGUGUGUGUAUUAGUAGCUGCUAUAGUGUAUAUUUUAUUAUCUAUGAGAGAAAUCAAACAUCAAGGUUUUAAAUGUUUCUUUAAUACUUUAGUAAGAGCCCCAGCUAAGGCGUUGUUUUUAUUAUCCUGUAUAUUUGUAUUGUUGAUGUUACCAGGAAGAGCAUCGUGUUCACAUCAGUAUGAAGAUUAUAUGGCAGUAUUUGCUAUACUCUGUACAGCGCCAUAUUUUCUAUUUUUCUGUCGAGGUUUUCGCACUGUUGGUCCGUUUGUUGUUAUGAUCUAUAAAAUGAUCAAAGGAGAUUUACUUCGUUUUGUUAUUAUUUAUGUUAUUUUUCUCAUUGGAUUUUCACAAGCCAUGUUUAUAGUGUUUCGUGAGGUUGAAAAUAGUCCCUUUAAUAGUAUAGGUGAAUCUAUUGUUGCUAUGUUUGUCAUGUCAGUUGGACAGUUUGCAGAUUUCUAUGAUUCACUAAUAGAAUCUAAACAUAUGAUCAUGGGCAGAAUAAUAUUUAUGGUGUAUAUGGUAUUAGUAACAUUAUUAUUAGUCAAUAUGUUAAUUGCUAUGAUGGGAAAUACAUAUCAACUUAUUGCUAGUACAGAAAAAGAAUGGUUAAGACAGUGGGCAAAGAUUGUACUAGUAGUAGAACAAAGUGUCAGUGAGGAGAAAAGAUUGUUAAAACAGAAAUUGUAUUCUGAACCAAGUUCCUCUGUACCCAAUGGCCGUGUAUUAGUUGUACGUUCACAUCAAACGGAUAAGGACAGAGAAGAAGAAGAAAGACUGAGACAAUUCCACAAGCAACAACAGAAAAAGAAGAAAAAGAAGAUUAAAAUCAGACAAAUUUCUUCACCUCAGUUAUUCAGUGAAUCUGAUGCUGCUGUUGGGAAAAUUAAUAUUUAAUGUCUUUUGAAAUAAUAUUUUCAUAUUUGUUCAGACAGACAAUCCUGCCAAAACAAAUUUU